CCCCAACGGCUCCCGCGGCAGUUCGAACGCGUCGCAGCGGGUGUUCGCUGCUUCCUGGCGUAGAGCGUCUGGCGCUUCCACACUCGGGGUCCCGGAGAGGCUCGGAGCCUUCCGAGCGCUGACGGGAGCGCGGCGCGCAGCCCGGUCUCGUGGGUCUUUCUCGCAGCCACGACUUGGGUGGGAGCUAGAAAGAUUGAAAAGAUAAAGGAGAAUGGGGGCCUGAUCCUCUGUUUUGUUUGGGAGAGUCAUCUCACUUUAGUAGAAGAUUUGUGGAAACGAAAAGAAGAUAGAAACCGUUUCUCUCUUGAGAUUUCAUAGCAUCUUAAUUUCCAACCACUUCUUCCAAAAAGAUCCUUUCAGGCGAGGAACAGGACAUUCAUUGUUUUUUCUAAGAAAUGGAAUCUAGUUCUUCAGACUACUAUAAUAAGGACAAUGAAGAAGAAAGCUUGCUUGCAAAUGUUGCUUCCUUAAGACAUGAACUAAAGAGAACAGAGUGGAAUCUGCAGAAUUUAGGGGAAGAGUUGUCCAGUGUUAGUCCAAGUGAACAUUCUGAUUAUGCUUCUCACCUGCGAAGGUCUGAAAGGCUCAUCCUAGAAGAUCUUUCUCAGCCUAACCAUCUUGAAUUUUUGAAUUAUUCACUUUAUAAAAAAGUUUGUAAAAUGCCUGGCAGCAGUGCCAAUUUUCACAAAUCACCAAGAGAUAAGAUGUCUUUUUCAUUUGCCUCCCUGGAUCAGGAGAUCAAAAAUCUUCGAGAGAAGCUUAGUAAACUAAGGCAACAGAAUGCUUGCUUGGUCUCACAGAAUCAUUCUCUAAUGACUAAAAUAGAAUCUAUCCACUUUGAAUUAACACAGUCAAGAGCAAAAAUUUCUAUGCUUGAAUCUGUUCAACAACAGGCAGCCAAUGUGCCAAUCUUAGAAGAACAAAUUAUAAAUUUGGAAGCAGAAGUUUCAGCCCAAGAUAAAGUUUUGAGGGAGGCAGAAGACAAGUUAGAGCAGAGUCAGAAAAUGGUGAUUGAAAAAGAACAGAGUUUACAAAAAUCCCAAGAGGAAUGUAUAAAAUUGAAGGUGGACUUACUUGAGCAAAGUAAACAAGGAAAAAGAGCUGAACGACAAAGGAAUGAAGCACUAUAUAAUGCUGAAGAGCUGAGUAAAGCUUUCCAACAUUAUAAAGAAAAAGUUGCUGAAAAACUGGAAAAAGUUCAAGCUGAAGAAGAAAUAUUAGAGAAAAAUCUAUCUAACUGUGAAAAAGAAAAUGAAAAACUAAUGGAAAAGUGUGGUCUAUAUAAAAAUGAUCUUGAAGUUCUGAAAGAAAAAUUAAGGCAAUUAAAAGAAGAAAAUAGCACUGGAAAAGAGAAAUUAAGAAUCAUGGCAGUGAAAAAUUCAGAAGUAAUGGCACAACUAACUGAUUCUAAACAAAAUGUUCUGAAGCUAGAAAGUGAGUUAGAGGACAAAGAUGAAAUACUUAGAGAAAAAUUUUCUCUAAUGAAUGAAAACCGAGAAUUAAAGGUCCGUGUUGCAGCUCAGAAUGAGCGACUGGCAAUGUGUCAACAAGAAAUAGAAAGUUCCCGGGUGGAAUUAAAGAAGUUGGAAAAAAUUAUGUCCCAGUUGCCAUUAAAAAGAGACAUGUUUGGUCUUAAAUCAUCUUUUUCUAAGCACCAGACGAGUAGUUUAUCAAACAAGGAAGACAAUUACAUUGGCUGCUGUGAGGCAAACAAGAUGAUGAUUUCGGAAUUGAGAAUUAAGCUUGCAAUAAAAGAGGCAGAAAUUCAAAAGCUUCAUGCAAACUUGACUGUGAAUCAAUUAUCUCAGAGUACUACUUCUUACAGUGACAACCAAGAAAGUGGCAAAUUAACUUUAGAAUCAGAACCUAUAACAGUAGGAAGUAAUAAAGUAGAAAGUAUAAAAAAUAUAAGUCCAUAUACUGUGAACAAGCAAUAUGAAAGAGAAAGACAAAGACUUGCUUCUGGAAUAGAAGAACUACGUAGUAAGUUGAUUCAGAUAGAAGCUGAAAAUUCUGAUUUGAAGGUUAAUAUGGCUCACAGAACUAGUCAGUUUCAGCUAAUUCAAGAGGAGCUGCUAGAGAAAGCUUCAAACUCUAGCAAACUUGAAAAUGAAAUGACAAAGAAAUGUUCUCAACUUUUAACUCUGGAAAAGCAACUGGAAGAUAAAAUAGUUGCCUAUUCUUCUGUUGCUGCAAAAAAUACAGAGCUAGAACAGGAACUUAUGGAAAAAAAUGAAAAAAUAAGAAGUCUGGAAACUAAUAUUAAUACAGAACAUGAGAAAAUUUGCCUAGCUUUUGAAAAAGCAAAGAAAAUUCAUCUUGAACAGCAUAAAGAAAUGGAAAGACAAAUUGAAAGACUUGAAUCUCAACUAGGAAAGAAAGACCAACAAUUUAGAGAACAAGAAAAGACUAUGUCCAUGUUGCAACAAGAUAUAAUAUGUAAACAACAUCACCUUGAAUCACUAGACAGACUCUUGACGGAAAGCAAAGGGGAAAUGGAAAAGGAAAACAUCAAGAAAGAUGAAGCUUUGAAAUCAUUACAGAACCAAGUAUCUGAAGAAACAAUCAAGGUCAGACAACUAGAUUCAGCAUUGGAAAUUUGUAAGGAAGAACUUGCCUUGCAUUUGAAUCAAUUGGAAGGAAAUAAGGAAAAGUUUGAAAAGCAGCUAAAAAAGAAAUCUGAAGAGGUUUACUGUCUACAGAAGGAGCUAAAGAUAAAAAGCCACAGUCUUCAAGAAACCACUGAACAAAAUGUUAUUCUACAACAUACUCUUCAGCAACAGCAGCAGAUGUUACAACAAGAGACUAUUAGAAAUGGAGAGCUAGAAGACAUUCAAAUUAAACUUGAAAAGCAGGUAUCAAAACUGGAACAAGAUCUUCAAAAACAAAGGGAAAUUUCAGCUGAAAAGUUGAGAAAAAUGGAGGAGAAAUGUGAAGCAGCCACUCAUGAAGCAGAUUUAAAAAGGCAAAAAGUUGUCGAGCUUACUGGUAUUACCAGGCAAAUAAAACUGGAGAUGGAUCAGUACAAAGAAGAGAUGUCUAAAAUGGAAAAAGAAGUAGUGCACCUAAAACGAGAUGGAGAAAAUAAGACAAUGCAUCUCGACCGUUUAGACAUGAUCUUAGAACAGACAAAGACAGAAUUAGAUAAGAAAACAAAUGCUGUGAAGGAGUUAGAAAAGCUACAACAUCACACUGAAACUGAACUAUCAGAAGCCUUGCAGAAACGGGAAGCACUAGAAACUGAACUACAGAAUGCUCAUGGAGAACUAAAGAGUACUUUAAGACAACUCCAGGAAUUGAGAGAUGUACUACAGAAGGCUCAGUUAUCACUAGAGGAAAAAUACACUACUAUAAAGGAUCUCACAGCUGAACUUAGAGAAUGCAAGAUGGAGAUUGAAGACAAAAAGCAAGAACUCCUUGAAAUGGAUCAAGCACUUAAAGAGAGAAAUUGGGAGUUAAAACAAAGAGCAGCCCAAGUUACACAUUUGGAUAUGACCAUUCGUGAGCACAGGGGAGAAAUGGAACAGAAAAUAAUUAAAUUAGAGGGUACUCUGGAGAAAUCAGAAUUAGAACUUAAAGAUUCCAACAAACAGAUAGAAAGUUUGAAUGAUAAAUUGCAAAAUGCCAAAGAACAGCUUCGAGAAAAAGAGUUUGUAACACUACAAAAUGAACAAGAGAUAAGUCAACUGAAAAAAGAAGCUGAACGAACACAACAAAAGAUGAGAGAAAUGGAAAAUGUUGUGAAAGAACAGGACCAGUAUAUUGCAACUCAAUACAAAGAGGCCAUUGAUUUGGAAGAAGAACUGAGGCAAACCCGAGAGCAAAUGCAGAAUUCUCAUACAGAAUUGGUAGAGGCUCGCUGUCAGCAAGUCCAGGCUCAGAGAGAAAUGGAAAGACUCUCAAAUGAACUGGAGGAAAUAAAGCGACUCUCUAAAGAGAAAGAAGCUCAUGGAAACCAUUUAGCUGAAGAACUGGGGGCUUCUCAGAUACGUGAAGCUCAUUUAGAGGCAAAAAUGCAAGCAGAAAUUAAGAAACUGUCAGCAGAAGUAGAAUCUCUUAAAGAAGCUUACAAUAUGGAAAUGAUUUCGCAUCAAGAAAGCCAUACAAAGUGGAAGAUUUCUGCUGACUCUCAAAAGACUUCUGUUCAACAACUCAAUGAACAGUUAGAGAAAGCAAAACUGGAAUUAGAAGAAGCUCAAGACACUGUAAGCAGUUUGCACCAACAAGUUCAAGAUAGGAAUGAAGUAAUUGAAGCUACAAAUGAAGCAUUACUUAUUAAAGAAUCAGAAUUAACCAGACUACAAGCCAAAAUUUCUGGACAUGAAAGAGCAGGAGAAAUGAAGUUUCUACCAGGCCCAUUUACAUCUCCAACAGAAAUUAUGCCUGAUAUUCAAAAUCCAAAAUUUGCUAAACAUUCUAACACAUCUUUUUUCAAGUGUAGGAAACUACGUCGUUCUAUUAGUGCCAGUGACCUUAGUUACAGAACUCAUAGUGAUGAAGAUCUUUCUCAAGAAUUGCUACAUGACUUAAAAAAAAUGCAUUUAGAACAACCUUCAGCAUUAGCAGAAAGCCAGAAAGAGCUUACUUAUGCCCAGCCAAACUCACUUAAAGCUCUCACAUAUGUAAUAGAAGAUGAUAGUUCUGAAACUAAUGAUUUCAAUACACUUAGUGGAAUGUUAAGAUACAUAAACAAAGAAGUGAGAUUAUUUAAAAAAUCUUCUAUGCAAACAGUUGCUGGUUUAACUCAGGGAGAAAAUUUGUAAUUAAAGGAAGAACUUGAUGAAAAUCAGAAUUUUUGACUACUGGGCCCAUGACCCAGAUGCUGUAUUUCCCAGACUCUCCAGGGAUGUGAUUUCUCAUCAGAAGAAUACAAGCAAAAAUGAUGUGUGCCACCACAGGCCUGAGCACAAAAAUAUUUCGUAUGUGCUUCUUUGAGGUCUUAUCCCUCCCCCAGCUGUGGAUUUGCCUGCAAUCCAACUUCAGCCAAGCAGAGAAGGAAACACCUUUAUAAAGGGCAUGACAAAAAAGCUAAAUAGAAGGAACCUGGGUACCUAAGUGGCCUGGAGCAUUCUUCUUGAACUCUUCACGUGCGAGAGAAAUAAACUUCUAUCUUUAUAAACUG